CGUAUAUAAAUGAGAGGCUAUUAAUAAUCAACGAGAUUAACUUCCUCUUUUUCUUUUCCCUACAGCAAUGGUGGUGGUCACAUCCACUUCAUCUUCUCUGCAAUCCCAAAUCUUCACCGCCAAAAGCCCUUUCUCUAACCUCCUGUGCAAGCCCAUCUCUCCUACUUCUCUGCUAUUUCUCCAUCAGGUCUAUGGCAACCUCACAGGACCCAGAUGGUCCAGAACACCACCGCAAAACUCCAAUGGGGUUUUGUCUGUUCGAGCAUACAUUGAAAACCCAAACUCCUUCUCCAAUUUCGCUAACAGGGUUAUCGGCGCUCUCCCUGUUAUUGGUCUUGUAGCUAGAAUUUUAAACGACGAAGGUGGUCUUGGCGGUGACAUUAUUGAUUUUGCAGAGUUUCGAAGGAGAGUGGGAAAGAAGUGCUCGGUUACUGACUCUAGAGCUUUUUAUGAAUUCCAAGAUCGACGAGGCCGGGCAGGGGAUCCUCUGUAUGUUCUGUUAUGCUGUUGGCUUGCCGCAGCUGGUGCUGGUCUUCUCAAAUCUGAGGAGAUUUUGGAAGGGGUGGCAAGGUUGAGGAUUUCAAAUGAUAUUGAAUUUGAAGAGGAGACUUUCUUGGCCUCCAUGAAUGAGGCUAAAGAGAGACGUGCCAAGCUAAAGGCUUCUACUCCAACCAUUCCCAUGGAGAUUCGCGUUGAGAAAGCACUUCAAGCUAUUUAUAUCUGUUGCUUUGGGAAGGACCCUAUAGAGGAAGAAGACGAAAGGCUUCUGAAUAUUAUGCUUUGUGCUGUUUUCCCAUCUGUCCAGCAGACUGAGAUUCAGAGGCUUGUAAAAAAUCAGGCAGAGAAAGUAGCUCGAGGCGGUGAAAUGGACAUUGUUCCAGAGCCUAAGCCUCUAACAAAAGAAGCUGUUGAGAUGCAAAUGAAGGAUCUCCAAUUCCUUAAACAAAGUAAAGAUGUUUGAAUUCAAGACGAUGAAAAUUGAGUUUUAAGUGCUGAAUUUUUUUUUACUUUUAAA